GUGGUCACGUGACCAGCUCGCUGUCUAAUCACGUCGCUCGAAUGAUGUGACGCAAGAGAUUCAAAGUUGGCAGCAACGUUUCUGUUGAGAUACUCCGCUAGCACAACUUGCUUGUUUUCAUCCGCAGCUGAAGCUUUAAAAAGCCUAUAAUAUAUAUAUUUCUCCAUGUUUUCAUACGAGUGAAGUGGGUUUUCAAUCAGAAUGGACGGUAAAGUCAUCGGACCGGGUCCAUACAGGGCGACCAAGCUGUGGAAUGAAACCAUUAAACUCUUCCGUGGAGACAUGCCGCUGAGAAGGCACUGGGCGCACUUCCGCUACUAUGAUUGCAGUUUCACAGGAUCCGAGGCUGUGGAUUAUCUCCAUGAGCUGCUGAGGCGCAACUACAACUUUGGCCCCGAGGUGACUCGUUACCAGACUCUGCAGCUGCUCAGGAAGUUCCUCAAGGCCCAUGUCAUAGAAGACAUCAAGGGACGCCAUGGGUCAGAGGACUUUGAAGACAAUGGCCAUUUGUACAGGUUCCCCUCCUCGUCCCCCCUCAAGUCUUUUCCAACAAGGCCUCUGUUGAGAGACAGCACUGACCUUCCCAGACUCAUUCGCUGGGACGACUACGAAGAAUUGCCUCAACUGGAAAACAUUCCACCCCUGAAGUCUGCUGUCAUGACCUCAGAUUUGUGGAAUAAAAGGCACAGUGUAGCUAUUGGGGAUGUGCAUGAAUGCAAGCUCAUACGAAGGAAGGAGAUAACUCCAAAGCAAGUGGACCACAUCUGGAAGUCAAUGACGGUUGCACAUUUACAGAGAGUGUUGGGCCUGACGUCAUUGGAUGGAGUUUUAAACCCAACGCAUGUGAACGGCAAGCACAUUGUUCACAAUGUGUUCAGCGUUAAUAAGACGGGCAUAGUCAUAUUGGAGAACAAAGCCGAGGACAUGCCAUAUUGGGUGGUAUCAGCAAUGAAAUGUCUCGCCAAUUGGCCUAAUGGCAACGAAAGCAAACAGCCGGUGUACCCGGGUUUCGAGAGGGAUGUUCUGAAAACAGUGGCCGAUUACUUUCAGAGACUCAAAGAACCCCUGCUGACUUUCCAUCUAUAUGAAGUCUUUGUCAACAUUCUCAGUCUGCUGCAGGAGCAGGAGGUCGCCACUGAGGCUCUUCAAUUCAGCUGUCUCUUACUGCCGCCGCCCAACCGAAGACGCCUCCAGCUGUUACUGCGUCUCAUGGCCCGGGUCUGCCAGAAUCCCCACCUGCCUCCACUCAACGACGCCAUUGCUACCCGCACACUGAUGGUGCAGAUGUUCUCGCACUGCGUUCUGGGCUCAGUGGAUGAGAUGGACCUGGAUGAGCUGCUUGCCACCAAAUUGGUGACCUUCAUGAUGGAGCACCACAACACCAUCUUCCAAGUUCCUUCCAAGCUGCGUCGCCAGGUCGAGGAGCACCUGUCCCACCUCAAAAGAGUUCAAAUCAAAUACGCAGGUUCAGACACAGACUUCAGUGCAUCUCCAGCAUUCUGUAAACAGAUCAGCAGGGUGGAGUCCGAGGAGCAGAAGGUGAUAGGAACCCAGACCCCCCUGCAGGCGCUGCUGGAAGGCCUGAUAGCAGACAAAGAACUCCCUGCCAAGGACAAGAGGAAAAGGCUUAAACAGUUCCAGAGGUCCUACCCAGAGGUCUACCGCAAUCGAUUUCCCACUGAGGAAAGCAAGGCUGCUGUAGUACCUGAGAAAACCCCACGACUGAAACCUCACCUCAUGUUUUUCAACCUCAAGAAACCCUUCCAGCCCUUUCAGAGGAGCUGGAGUUUUAGGGCGUGAUCUGCCCCCACUGACACAUUUCAGGCUACACUUCAGGCUGUAAACACAUCUCAAGCUCAGCGUCGCGAGACUAGGAGCUGGAAUGGUGCUCUAACACACCGUUAACAACUACAAUUAAUAUUUAAAAAUAACGACUUGGACUUUGUAGCACUGUUAAACUAAGAUAAUAAUUGAAAGGGUCAGUUCACACAAUGAUAAUAAUAUUAACAAUAAUAAUAAUUACUCCUAGUCGUAUCUAGCCGGAUAGCUUGAUUUAGUUGCAAAACAUUAGCGACUAUUUUCAAACUGCAAACACCCUUUUUUAACAAAUACAUGUUUUACUGUGUUGAUAGAAACCUUUAACUUAGUAUAGGAAACACAGAUGCACUAACACUUAAAGAACCACUGAUGUUUCUUAAAAUGAAAUUGUGUAUUGGUACAUUUUUCUCCCAAGAUGAUAUGCUAGAAAGAUCUACUAAGCACACAUUGGCUCUGUAACUACAUUGCAUUUCAAAAGUAGGUGAUUAGGUGACACAAUUUUAGGUUGUGAAAAGUUAAUGAUCAAUAUGUGGAUAUAUAUAUAUAUAUAUAUAUAUAUAUAUAUAGAUAUAGUUUUGUACUAUAACAGAAAUAUUCAGGCGCAUUUCUUGGUAUUACUUUCAAACUGAUGUUAUGAGAUGGACUCUUGCAAGGCAAUGAUGCAUUUCAUUUUGAUGAAUACUUGCUAAUGGAAUGGUCAUUGUGAUCUUGGCAACUCAGAGCCUAAUCCAAAAGAUUUUUUUUUUUUUACUCUGUCAGUUAAACAGUUACUUAAUGUCAAUGAACAUAUCAAGGGUUGUCUAAGAAAGGGAGUGAACGUGACGUGUUACAUAACUGAGGUGCUGUAGUAGGAAAAAAAACAAAUUGUCCUUCCUCUCUAACCCCCUUCUUACACCAUACUUGACUGGUCCUGCUUUAUGUGCACUCUUAAAAAGACUCAUUUCACAUUUGUACUUGUUUGUUUUAUUGUGUGUAUAUAAGAACUCUUGAUUGGUACAUAUUUCAAUGUCUCAAAUACUCUUCAUUCACUCUUUUCAAUGUCUUUUUUUGUCAUUUUCUAUUCGCUGCUGUUCUGUAAUGUCAAUCAGGUUGUUUUUGACUUAAUUUGAGACUUAAAUUGUUGUUGUUUGAAUGAAUAAGUGCUGAUAUUCCUAUAUGGAUUUUGAUAAAUGCUCUUGAACAAAUGUAAUAAUGCUGGAAUAACUGUUACACUUGAAUUGCUGCUCCUUGCUGGUAAAAAAUCAACUGGAUAAUGAUGCUGAUUUCCCUAUAAACAUUCUGACUGGUAAAUGUAA